UUAUAACAAUACCGGCCCCAAGCUUCAAGAACAUCAAAGUAGGGUAUGCCCCAUGCAUGUGCAUGGUUGAGUCGGGACUCAGGAUGCCACACCACAGGGAAGCUUGUUCACUCCUCAAGUUCAGCAUGGAAAAUAGCAAGUGAUGAUCAUUCUUGCAACUAUAUCUUUUUGCUUAAUGAAUUGGUGGUAAUAAAUUCAUUGCUGUGUUAAAAGUAAUAUAAGCGGAAUGAGAUAACCGUCGAGUCCAGUAGAAUACUGGUAAGGAUUCAGAGUGUAGUGAAGUGUGAUGAGCAGCGUAUAAGCAAAGCAAUAAUGGUGAAAUGGGGGGAGAUAAUUGUAGGAGGGCGAGAUGUUGAAAUAGCAAUUAGUGGGAUGUAAUGAUGGCUUGUGCGGCAAUGGAGGGACAGUUGCAGAUGGAUGGGUAAUAAAGGAGUGCCACGCUGCUGCAUGACCAGGCAAUCCAUCAUCAAUAUCAUUACCCAUUCCCAAGAUGAAGUGAAGAGGCCCAAACCCAAACUCUGAACAAUACCAUCUUUCAUUUCCAUACAUACCUACCUUCUACAUACAUACACAUACGUCCAUACGUACAUAUACAUAUAUCCUCCACCCUCUUUCAUUUCCAAUUUCCAUCGAUGUGAAGUCGCAACUAUCAGAAGCAUUGGUCGUUGGCGGAAUAUCUCCUUCUCGGGAGUUCCUAUGGUUUUCCCUGGAGCUAUACACUAUGCUUUCAACUACUCUUUUGUUUCUCAGCUUUCUUGUAUUCAGCAGCUUGGGCUUAAGUUGAAAUGACUCUUGUUAAUUGAGAUGAAGAUUAUACCUAGGUUCCAAGUUAAUACAUUCUGCUGGAAUGUUGGUUGUAUCCUGUUGGUAAAAUAUUAGGAAGCCUUUGCUGCGUGGGUGUUGGAACGAGAGUAAUAGGUACUUCUCCACUAGACAUAGUUUACAUAACUUGUUCGGAGAGAGAUGGGAUUACCUCAAGUUUCCUCUAGUGAAACAUCAGAUGGAGGAAUUGGACCUCUAAGCACAUAUCUUUAUAGUGUGGCACAGUUUGGUGGUGCCACCACAUGUGAUUUAGAGAGGAUGUAUGUUGGAGCUGUCAACUGCACCUGGCCAGAUUCUAGAUGUUAUUCUUUGGGGGAUUUUCAGUGGAAAACCUCUAUGAGGCUUCCAAUGUCUCCUGAUAUAUCUGAGAAAGGGUUUUUGGAUGCUACACCUAAUAUUCAUGUGGCAAAGGUACCUCCGGAGGAAAGAGUUGACUCUUCAAUUCCUGAAACCAGGAGGAAUAUUCAGCCUCCUGUCUCUAGGAUAGUUGGUUUCACCUAUGAAAAAAAGGAUGUGCUCUCUGAUGCAUUAGACAGUGCACAGAGUCAUUCUCAUUCUGCUUCUGCCCACAUCAAGCUGAAAGAAGCUGAGCCCAGUGGAUCUCAUGCCAGGAAGAGAAUGCUGUCUCCACUAAAUAAAAUGCUGUUCCCCAAGCAAUUCAAUGGUGAUUCCUUAGACAUUUGCAGCAGGAGUUUUACCAUCAGUUGUCAUUCCAGUAAAGAUACAUGUGGUAUUUCCUUAGCACAAGACAAUAAGAAAGCAAAUGUCGGCAGCAAAAAUCACGCAGCUAUGCCAAUCUGGCCUGUGACUAACUGUUCAGAACUAAAUGACAAGCUGUAUAAAUACAAUAAAACCACAUCAAUUGUUUUCACAGAUGGCCCGGUACUAGAGGGCAAGGAAAUAGUCCCAUUUUCGUAUUUACCAUCAGAGGGAACUGAUCCUCUGUCCGAAUCAAGCGAGCCAGGAUGCGGCUCAGGAUUUAAAUCAAUACCCAAAAAAGAAACACCACUCUCUCUGUCUCCUCUUGGGUCAAUAUUUUAUGAACAAGUAAAACCUGCAGUCAGGGGAAAGAACAACAAGAAAGAGGAGAUAUUGAAAGAGGCUGCCCAUUGUCUCGAUGAGAACAUUUCAGGAGUGAUAUUAUCCUCUGAAGAUGAGGAAUACAGGUUUUCAAGAGUAUCAUGUGAAGAUAUAGAUGUUCUUCAGAAAGAAGCUCAACCUUCAUCCUCAACAAAGUGGCCUUUCUGUCACCGAACAGGAAUCAAUUAUAAAACAUUUGGGAGAAAUUUGAGGGGCCUCUCUGUUAGGAGGUCAUUGGUUGGGUCGUUUGAGGAGUCUCUGCUCUCUGGUCGGCUUUCUUCUGGAAAAUUUAGUCAGAAAAUAGAUGGUUUCCUUGCUGUAGUGAGCAUAACUGGAGGAAAUUUCUCUCCCAAGGCACAAAAACUUCCAUUUGCAGUGAACAGUGUCGAUGGAGAGAGCUAUUUAUUAUACUAUGCAUCUAUAGAUCUUGCUGGUAAUUCACGAUCAAGCAAGUACAGGGGUGGAAAUUUGAAAAAGAUUUUUGACAACAAUGAUCCACAAAAUGGAAAGAACCGUCUGCGCAUUCCUAUGAAAGGGCGCAUCCAAUUGGUCGUGAGCAAUCCUGAGAAGACACCAGUACACACCUACUUCUGUAACUACGACUUAAGUGACAUGCCAGCUGGGACCAAGACAUUCUUGCGUCAGAAGGUCUUUCUUGCUUCCUCAGCCUCAAAUUCCACAUCUGGCAGGGAAGAAGAGAAAAUUUUGAUGAAGAAGGAUGAAGAUAAUGUUUCUUUUGUCUCAGAUGAAAAACAAAGUGAACGAACAGGCAAGGGAAGCAAAGUUUCAGCGCGUAAUUCAUGUGAGACUGAUGGGUUGAAUGCUUUCCUAAAAACUAAUAGAAAGUUUGAACAUCAUUGCUCAAGGGUCAACAGGAAUGCAACUGGUGUUGGUGCUCUUCGUUAUGCUCUUCACCUAAGGUUUCUUUGUCCUUUCCCAAAGAAAAGAUCGAUGUCGGCUAGCAGGUCAGAUCCUCCAUUGGCUGAAAGAAGCAGAACAGAUAGUGAAGGAAAACGGAGAUUUUUUCUUUACGAUGAUCUCAGAGUUGUGUUUCCUCAACGCCAUUCAGAUGCUGACGAGGGAAAGUUGAAUGUUGAAUAUCACUUUCCUGAAGAUCCAAAGUACUUCGAUAUCAGCAACUGAAGAGUCUCCUCUCAAGAAUAUGUUGUUUUGCUUGUUGCUAGUUGUAACCUAAGCCACUGAGAUCGGUGGUGCUAAUUACGUGUAAAGCAUGUAAGACGAGAAAAGAGAAUAAAAAACUGAAAUUUGUAACAAUUGUGCAUUUGCUCUUGUGUUAGUGAAGCUGUUGGAAAUUGGGGUUGAAUUAUCGACUAGUUGAAAUUUGGUUCUGGCUAAGAGAGACGUCAUCAGUUUUGUUGUUGCAACUGGAGGUCCAGAUUAGCAUUAGAGUCUGAGAUUUGAGGCUCAAAAUUUUGUUCGUGAGUAUUGCUCUCAGAGAUUCAUCACUGGAACCUGCAAAUCCCAUCACCCUGCUCCCAAAAGAAAAGAAAAAGAAAAAUCACAUAAGAAGAAGAUGCCUGGGAAGGAGUUGAAUAAUGGAGGUGUUUGGUGUUUGUGUGGGUCUCACACUGGAUGGCAACUGAAUUAUAUCCCAAGAAAGUGUAAGAGGGUGCUCACAAUCUGUCUAAAUGGGGGGACUCGGACUCAGUUGUAACUGGCGUGGUCCAGUCUCUCUAAAUAUUGUGCCCCAAUUAUUUUGUGUAGUGUAGGUACCAGGCCUGCCUAUACAGCGUUGUCCUCCUCUAACUCAUCCUAUGCUUAAAUUCUCAAUCAUCAGAAAAAGGGGGAAUGGAGUGCUGUUAACUUAGAAUUGUGAAUCCAUUGAUGAAAUCACCCUAGGUGGAUCGUGUAACCUGAAGUUCAGAUGAUGGUGGUUGGAGUGGAGGGGUGAUGGGUAUGUCACAUGUCUUGUCCUCGUGUCUUUUUAUAAAUUUGCCAUUUUAGUGAUUCAAUUACUGCUCUUGAAUCCGUGACAUCUCAAUUGGAAUAUAUAGCAGUUUGAGUAAGUCCUUUCAUAAUUGGUUUAUGCAUGCAGUUUCUCCAACUCUUUAGCCCCCGCCCUCUGCUUGUCUCC